GAAGGGCAAUGGCGGCUUCUUCUUCACUUGUCGUUUCGUCGUCACAAACCCAAAAAUUUCACACACAGGCGGAGCAAUUCUGAGAUCGCCGUCAGAUUUUGUUUCGAAUAGAGCAGAGAAAUAAACCGAGAAAUGAUGGAUUGUACACGUGUGAAUUGGGAAGCGCUAGAUGCUCUGAUAAUCGAUUUCGUAAGCUCUGAGAACCUCGUGGUAGAAGAAGAAGCAGACGCGAAUUCAUCUCCGUCUCCAUCUUCUUCUUCCUCUCCUCCUUGUAUCUCAUCUUCCUCUUACCACGCGAGAUUGAUCAUUCGCCGGAUCCGAAACUCGAUUGAAUCCGGUGAAAUUCAGAAGGCUAUCGAUAUCCUUCGCUCUCACGCUCCCUUCGUCCUCGAUGAUCACAGGAUUCUCUUUCGCCUUCAGAAACAGAAAUUUAUUGAGCUGCUGAGGAAAGGAAGAGAUGAGGACCGUGCUGCUGCGAUUCAUUGCUUGAGGACUUGUGUUGCUCCCUCUGCUCUUGAUGCCUAUCCGGAAGCUUAUGAGGAGUUCAAGCAUCUCCUUCUUGCACUCAUUUAUGAUAAAGAUGAUCAAACCUCUCCAGUUGCAAACGAGUGGGCAGAGAAAAGAAGGUAUGAAAUGGCUGGAGUCAUGUCAUCUAUCUUGAGAGCUUCUUUACAAGCAUAUGAUCCAUUAUUUUCAAUGACGUUACGAUAUCUUAUCAGCAUACAUAAAGGGUUUUGCUUUCACCAAGGGAUUUCCUCCGCAGUUUCUGAUCUCACUCAUAGGUUGCUCCUUGAGGAACGUGAUCCCCCUGCUACUCCUCUGGAAAGCAUGUACGAAGCCCCACCCUUUGAUGAGGUGGACAUUCAGGCUCUUGCUCAUGCGGUUGAGCUCACUAGACAAGGUGCCGUUGAUAGCAUGAAAUUUGCCAAAGGUGACCUCUUCCAGGCUUUCCAGAAUGAAUUGUGUAGGAUGCAGUUAGAUGUUUCUGUUCUUGAUGAACUUGUUAAGGAGUACUGCAUAUAUAGGGGUAUUGUGGAAUCAGAGAUGCAAAUGAUCACGGGUCCUGUCAAACGCAACCAAUUUGAGGUGGCCCAUAGGUUAUCAAGACAUUGUUCUGCUGAAAUAGAUCUUAACACAAGCCAACAUUCAGAUGUUGAGGACAACAGCAUGCUUGAUGGCUCACACGUAAAUGACGAAGAAAUGUCUAGCAAAGAAGGAGGUGAAGUUGGUUAUGGCAGUGAACCAACCAACGUUUCGGAAGAUUGCAGCAAUAGCUGGUCAAACAAAGGUGAAAAUACAAGAGCUCUGGUUAGAAUAAGAUCCCAUAUGAACUGUGAGAGCAAUAAACGCAAAAGAUGGCGAGGGAGAGUUGAUGAAACGGAUCGUCUUCCUGAUCCUUCAUUUUCGAAGUCUGAGACAGGCAUAGAGGACAAGUAUGAGAUAGCCUUGGCGCUGAAGGAAUUGGUUAGCAGAGGAAUGGUAGCAGAAGCUGUCUGUGAAAUCAGCGCCAUGGAUUCAGACUUUUUCACACAGAAUCCGAGUUUACAUUUCCAUCUUAAGCAGGUUGAAUUUUUAAAGCUGGUGAGUGCUGGUGAUCACAACGGAGCCCUAAAGGUCGCGUGCUCUCACUUAGGUCCCUUAGCAGCCAAAGACCAGUCUUUACUGAAGACAAUGAAGGAAACUUUGUUAGUUUUACUCCAACCCGACAACGAAAACACAACUGGGAAAGAUCUACCUUUGAAUGAUCUGGCUAAUACGCUACAGGUUUCUGUCGGUAAUAGGCUGGGGAUUGAAGAACCGCAGCUUAUGAAAAUAAUUAGAGCGACGCUUCACUCGCAUACAGAGUGGUUCAAGCUUCAGAUGUGUAAAGACCGGUUCAGUAACCUCCUGAAGAUAGAUUCUUUGAAAGAUGUGAACACUGAUUUGAUCGGUGCUAUCAGAUCAAGAUCAAACAAAGAGAACAACACAAAUUUGUCAUCUCAACUCACGACGACGUCUUCUAGCACCAUGACCUCAGACGAUGGUGGUAGCAGCAGCUUGAUGAUGACCACUCAGACUUCGUCAAGAGAGGCCUUGUGGGAAGAAAGUGCAAUACUUAAAGUAAUGGAAUUUCUGGCGUUGUCAAGGUCUGAUGCAAUUCAGCUACUAUCGCAAUACAACGGAAACGCUGAGGCUGUGAUUCAGCAACUCUUUGGCUAAAUCGAAUCAGAGUAAACCGAACAGAGCGAAAGUUCGUUUAAUUUAUCUAUUUAAAUUCGAAUGAGAUUAUUUGUUUAUUCAUUCUGCAUUUGGUGUAUAUGUACAUUACUUUACCCACCAGGUUUACACUUGUGAAAGAAGAGAAACAAUAUUAGUUUUUAAACAAUAAAAGUAGUUGUAACAAGAAUUCAGAAUUUGUGCC